UAUAAGAAUAACGUUUUCUCUCUCGUUCUCUCGCUCUUGCAGCUAUAUAAAAAGAUGAGCUCACAUGAAUAUCCGAGGUUUCUCUCAGAAGAUGACGUCGCCAAAAUACCACGAGCGAUUGUUGGUGAUAUUCGGCCACUCAUAUCGCCUAUUAUUUCUAAAGCUGAUUGGAAGAUGUCGAUCAAUGACAUUUUAUUGGCUGUGAAUUGCCCAGAUAACUUCCAGGAUGUUCCAGAGAACAUGAAAUAUUUAACCAACAGAACACAGUCACUUGCAAACCUAACGAACAUACCAAAUGAUGCUGCAAAAGCUGGAUUUUUUUAUACGGGGCAUGGCGACACUCUCCGCUGUUUCUCGUGUGGUCGAGACGUUCGAGACUGGAGCAACACGGAUGACGCUUGGCUUCGACACGCCGAACUAUCGCCCAAGUGUGUGCACAAUCAAAGGUGGACAACCAUUCAUUGGAAAAAUGGCAGUCCAAUGCAUGCAUGUCCACGACGGCGUUUGCUCUCUUCACCCUGCAGCUAAUUGGCCUGACAACCUCAGUGUCCAUUUCCAGACUACCUGGGAGCCUAACAUGUGCCCUCCCCAUUGUCAUAAGGCAGAUAGGAGACAGGGGAGAAAAGAAGCAAGAGUGGAACUAAGCCGAAAACGAUCACAAACCGCUCCCGUAGACUGAGAACCAGUCAGAUCGUUCGCAAACGUUAGCGGUGGUCGUUGUUGCCGAACGCAGAUUUGUUUUUCUUUUCUGGAGACCGUCUGAUGAUUGGUACAUUUCACUGAGCGUACCUAAGAUGUGGAAUGAACAGACCUCAGAUUAAACAGUUCAAUGGAGUGGAACUCCUCCGAUUGUUAAGUUGUAUCCUCGAGUGUCUUGACAAUCUAACAUGAUAUUUCAUUACAUAAUAAGCUAUUUGUGGAAUUUUGUCAAUGAAAACAAAUUAAAGUUUCUAUAUAGAAUACUACAUGAACGGUCGUUAGAUAGCAUUUAUCUUACAACGGGUUGUUUUAAGCAACGAGUUGUUCGAUAAACGGUAUCUAACGGACACGAAUGUAGUAUUCUGUUUCUUACAUAUAUUCAGAAAAAAAGUUUUAAAAUGAGUCAUCGUUUUGACCGUGCUUUUUCAUUAGAUGGUAUGGCAUUGGUGACCUGGUCAUCACCUAAGAGCAGUCAGACGUAUGUCUUUAAAUGUUAUCGCACAUAUGUGUGUUAACACUAUAUUUGUUAUCAAAAAUAACAAACGAUCUGUUCUCACCAGCGGAUGUGUAAAACAUUUAUUUUAUGACGAUUAUUUUAUUAUCAACAUGACUGUACAAUUUACAGAUUAAUUUGUAAAAUAUAUGUAUAUAUUGUACAUUUGCAGUUUUAACUAUAAAUGACAUGUGAUAUAUUAUUUCAUUUUAGAAUUUUAUUUUUGUUUACCGAAUUUUAUUUAUAAAUAAUUGAAUAUCAAGGGUCCACUGGAAUAACUUGUGAUUUUAACGUAUACAACUCUGAAAUCGUGGAAUAUUUAUGUCUAAGAAAGCAUAAUUUACCAACAACUGUUAAAGGUCUACCAUCAUUAUAGGUUUUUAAUUAAAUGUGUCAUUGUGACCUUGACAUACACGACCGUUAUAAUACUGAUUAUAUUUUGUCCAUAAUACGUUAUUCCCGUGGACCCAUCAUAUGUAAUAUAUUAAACUGAAAUGUUUGAGUUGUUUACACUGAAUAUACAUAUCACAAUAAUCAUAAUACAUUUGUAUUUUAAACUGUUUGCCAGCGCUUGUCCUCAUGAAUAUGCCACAGGAACACCGAUCACCAUCAAACACAUGUAUGUAUUUCUGUUCAAGACUAUUUUUGGCUGAGUUUGCGAAUCUUUUGUUGUCAAGUUGUGGCAUUUUAAAUUAAAAACUUAGACAACGUCGAUUAAUGGACUAUUUUUAACAUUCCGUUGUAAGUAAUUUUGAAAUUAAUGUAAUUGCAAUACGGAAUAUGAUUCAUAGAUAAGCACGUUAAGACAAUAAUAUGUUCUUUAGUAAAUUGUAAAUAGAUUGUUAUUGCACCUUUUAAGGCACUAGUCAUUGGUUCAGGUACAUUUCUAGUGUACAACAAAUAUUUAUAGCAAUAGUGUUCCUUAUGCACAUUUAUCCUGUAAUAAUAGAGCAUUGUUAUUUAAUUUUAAGUAAACAGUUUUCAGUUGUAGAGAAUCGAUAGGGUUUGUUCAAUUGUUUAGACCCUAAGGUUUUUGCAAAUGUUACGUUUAAUUCCUAUUCAAUACUUGUUUUCUUUAUAUACGCGCGAAAACAAUGCCAAACCCCGACAUAUUUUAUAUGCAAUUCAUCAUCUAAAAUGCACGAAGUUGACUUAUUUCCAUUUUACAAAAAU